AUGGUACGCCGCUCUGGGAAAAGAUCAAACCAUGUCAGACACUCGGGAAGCCGCAGCACAGCUUCUCACAGAGGUCCCAACAUAAAUUCUAGCAAUGUCUAUGCGAGCCUAGGCGAAAUAGCAGGGAGUGAAGCGGAGAUGGACUCUCAUUCCCUCCCAGAGAGCUCUCUGUUCGACGAGAACAUUCCCACAUCUGGCACAGCCCAUAACAACAACGAGAUCUACGAGUAUUUUGAGCGCGCUAAGAGGCCAGCUGACGGUGGAGCAUGGCUUCAGCAACCUGAGAUUCCAAACACUUCAGAAGUCCUACGUGACACGUCCCGCUUCACCAACAGCGAAUCACUCAUUGAACUAGACGGCCACGUUCGCCCACACAAGUUAGAGGGUGCAUAUGAUGACAAAGAAGACUACUUGAGAACCUUGUAUGAGCUCCUGCGCGAAGACACUAUUCGUCCUCUGCGGGAGGCUAUUGAUGAGGUCCGUGCCGAGCCUUUCAAAGACGAAGCAGAGUAUCAGAAUCAAAGCAUCGGCAUCUAUGACUCUGUCUACAUCAAGUCGCUUGUAUUCUCUCCCAGAGGACUGGCGACAAGAGUUGCUUUCUCGCUCGGACGAGCCAAGAAGCAUGUCAGAUGGGGACAAUCGAAGCGGCUCAUCACUGGAUCACUUGUCGCAUUGUCUCCCACAGAUGAUGCCUUCAAGACACGGUGUGUUCUUGCCAUUGUCGCAGCGCGUCCCAUCAGCGCAUUGGAACAAAACCCGCCCACGAUUGACUUGUUCUUUGCUCGACCUGAAGAUCAAGAAAUUGAUCCCAUGCGCAAAUGGAUCAUGGUAGAAUCUAGAGCCAGCUUCUUUGAGGCAAAUAGGCAUACGUUGUUAGCUUUGCAGCAACUGAUGAGGGAACCAUUCAUGUUAUCAAAAUACCUUGUAGACGUUCAGAAGGAGGUAGACCCUCCGGCUUACGUCCAGCACAACCCAUACACAAACCUUAGUAGUCUUGUCAGCAUGGAAGAUGCUGAAGACUACGAAAAUGUCAAUGUGCUUGAGGACUGGCCCGUAGCGUCUUCGCAUUCGCUUGACGAAUCGCAGAGCAGAGCACUGAAGCGUAUGCUCACAAGCGAGUUAGCUAUCGUACAAGGCCCGCCUGGCACGGGAAAGACUUUUGUGUCGGUUGUCGCUCUACAAAUCGCUCGCGAUAAUCUGCGCAAGGAAGACGCACCUAUAAUUGUGACUGCACAGACGAAUCACGCUCUCGACCAACUAUUACGACACACAUCCAUAUUUGAACCGAAUUACAUACGGCUAGGAGGAAGGAGCAAAGACAAUGCUGUAAAGAAGCAGACACUGUUCGAAGUCAAAUUGAGGACACCACAGCAAAAAGGGACUGUUAGCGGUAUCAAGAAGAAAGCGAAUGGCAAGAUCGGAAGCUUGGCAACCGAAUGCCAGAAAUUGCUCGCUCCUAUUGAAGCCAACAAAGGACCGCUUGAUCACAAUUUGCUCUUGAAGUUUGAGCUGAUUACCCAGAAGCAGGCAGAAUCGCUGGAAAUGGACACUCAAGACGCCAUAGGCAUCUCAUCAUCCAAACAUCCAGGGAUUCUAAUGGAACAAUGGCUUGGCCAAUGUCUUGCGCCAUGCGAUAGACCUAUUCUCCCGGAGGAUCUUUACUGGGACUAUGAAGAAGAGGAUUUCGAAGUCGAGCAAUUGCAGGAACUUGAGGCAGAAGCGGUGGCUCAGGAUGAUGACGAUAUUGAAGCUCUUCGUGGACCUGUCAUUGAAAUCAGCGAUAACUUCAAGGGCACUGGUGCCUCUUUGAGUAAUGCUGACAUUCGGUGCAUCUUACGCAAGACGGAUGAUCUUUACAAGAUCCGUAUGGCUGAUCGAGGUGCGAUCUAUAACUUUUUCAAGCGGGAAGUGAAGCAAAUUAUUGCGACGGAAAUUCGCAAGAUUGCAAAGACCUACCAUGACAGUGUUGUACAACGCAAGAUUGGAGUGUUCGAAGAGAACGCACGCAUUCUUCGUGGUGCACGUAUUAUUGGAUGCACAACUACAGGUCUCGCAAAGUACCGGGCUCUUCUAUCCAGCCUUCGUCCGCGCUUGUGUAUCGUGGAAGAGGCAGCCGAGACUCUCGAAGCGCCUGUGACUGCAGCCUGCUUCCCUAGCCUCGAGCACCUAAUCUUGGUCGGCGAUCACCAGCAGCUGCGUCCUCACACUCAGGUACAUGCCUUUGAAGACGGCCCAUACUUCCUAAACCUGUCGCUUUUCGAGCGCCUGGUUCGAAACAAUGUUGCGUUCGACACGUUGAUGCGCCAGCGUCGUAUGAUACCAGAAAUACGACGUCUUUUAUGUCCAAUCUACGAAGACAAACUAAAAGACCACCCAAACGUGGAAAACGCUGGCCAUCGUCCACCAGUUGAAGGAAUGGGCGGAAACAACAGUUUUUUCUUCUGUCACGAAUGGCCCGAGGGCCGUGAUAUCCACAUGUCUUCAUUCAAUGCACGGGAAGCGGACAUGGUGGUUCGGUUUCUCGACUACUUGGUUCUCAAUGGUGUUGAUGCUACCAAGACCACAAUCCUGACGUUCUACAACGGCCAAAGAAGGCAAAUAACAAAACUUAUAAGAGCACACCCAAACUUGGGAGUUUACCGAGGCAUCCAAGUUGUCACUGUCGACAGCUACCAAGGCGAGGAGAAUGAUAUUGUACUACUCUCCUUGGUUCGCUCCAACGAGAAGAAUUCCAUCGGCUUUCUCAGCUCCGAGAAUCGUGCAUGUGUGGCAUUGUCUCGAGCAAAACGUGGAUUUUACAUCUUCGGGAACGCCGAGCUUCUGGCUAGUCAAAGCAGUAUAUGGGGCAGCGUGGUCGAAAUCAUGUUCAAGAACAAGAAGCCAAAGGUCAAGGCUGGCCAGGAACGACGAGUGGGGUAUUAUCUUCCCCUUGUAUGCACCAACCACGGGCACAAGGUGUGGUGUGAAGAUCCUGAUGACUUUGAUCUCAUCAAGGGCGGUUGCGACAUCAAAUGCGACGGGGUAUUGCCUUGUGGACACCGUUGUCCGUACACAUGCCACCCCUUCGAGCACGAUAGGAUCAAUUGUACACAAAAGUGUGCUAGGCGUGUAGAGAGAUGUGGUCAUCCCUGCGUUUCCGAGUGUUGCGAUCCAUGCAGGUGCCACAUGUGCGAACGCCGAAGCGAUGGUAUCAAGCCUGUCUUGAACGCGGGACCGAGAGGAGCUGCUUCCAUUAGCGGACCGCGCUCCAAUAUGCAGAAAUUGAGCCUCGAAACCAGACUUGAUGUUCCUAGAAAUUCUAAUCACAGAAUGGCUUCCUCUACCUCUGGUUCGGGAAUGCCGCAGAUGCUACAAGGCACCACGGAGCAAUGGGAUGCUUACGCACACGGCGGCGGUGUUGAAGAGGAUGACAUGAGAGUCCGGGCGAAGGUGAGGCAAGAAGAGGCUGAGUACCUUGAGCGUAUUCACGCAUCUACUCCAAAGUGUAUGCGGCCGUCUGUUGGCAACCGACUCAUCUCAACUUCACCAGUCAAGGCGGAAAGUGUUGAGACAGACACCGACUUGCUUAUUGACCUUGAUGCCGAGCCGCAGAUGCAACCAAGCCAGGGUCAGCCGAGAGGCGAUUAUGCAGCACAGAGUACCAGUCAAAGACCCUGCAUGGACCUGCUUGACUAA